AGAUGGGGCAGGGGCCUGUCCGGUCACCCGCGGGUGUUUCCCGCCGCCCGCGGGGCCGGGCCCGGGCCCGGGCCUGUCGCUCAGGCCCUUCCACUGGCAGCAGGAGCGAUGGCGGCCCCGGAGGUCAGGUCCGUGUUCGAGGCCGCCCAGGACCCCGGCCUCCUUCGGGGGCUGACCCUCGUCACCGCAGCUGCAGCGGAUGCACGGGCCGCCGGGGCGGCUCCAGCGAACCACGAGAAACCUGCAGCCACCAGCAGCGAGGAGAAGGCCCACGGGGUCCCUGAGGUGCCAGAGCGGAUGUGCUGCUCGACCUGCGGGCAGGUGUUCGGCAGCCGGGAGGAGCAGACAGAACACUACCGUCUUGACUGGCACCGCUUCAACCUGAAGCAGCGACUCCUGGGGCGCCAGACACUGCCAGUAGAAGUGUUUGAAGAGAAGUCUCAUGCAGGUGAUGUUUCCAGCAUUUCAGGGUCUGAUUCGGAGAGCUCCGAUACAAGCAGCGAGUCAGAGUUGCUGCCCUCUGCCAGUGACAGCCCUGGGACUCCCCAGAUCCCCCGCUCCCAGAAGGUGCUGCUUCGCAAUGCGAAGGGCCAGCUUAUCUCCACCUACCGCUGCGUGCUCAGCACUGGGAAGGGUGGCAUCAAGGAGCCAGUGGACCUGACAGCAUCGCUGCAGAGCCUCAGUGCAAGCACGUGCUGGGUUGUGCUGAUGAUGGGCGGCGGGCAUUUUGCAGGAGCUGUGUUCCGGGGUCCCCAGGUGCAGGAGCACAAGACUUUCCACCGCUACACAGUGCGAGCCCGGCAGGGCACAGCCCAGGGCCUACGUGAUGCCCAGACCCCAGGGUCAGCACCCAGGUCAGCCGGAGCCUCCCUGCGGCGUUACAAUGAGGCUGCACUGCUCAAGAACAUUCAGGACCUGCUGGCAGCCUGGGCACAGCACCUGAAUGAAGCUCAACGCAUCUUCCUCCGGGCCCCUCGUCACAACCGUGCGCUGCUUUUCAGUGGCAGGAACCCACCCCUCACCCGGGGUGACCCUCGCAUAUGCCACAUCCCCUUCAGCACCCGCAGGGCCACCCUGCGAGAGGUGCUGCGAGUCCAUGCUGCACUGGCCAGCUUGCAGGUGUAUGGGAAGGACACUCCACUGGAGGAUAUCACUGGAUUCCCCCGGAAGGGCUGGCAAAAGAAGCAGCGGAAAGCAGAGAUGGAUCCCCUGCAGGAGGACAAAAGAGGCCCUGUCUUAUCACCUCCCUCAGCCACAGAAGAAGAGGAGGAGGAAAGCCCUGCAGGGGAACUGGAAAUGGUGGAAGUGACACUGGGGACCUUGGACCUCCGGGAGUUCGAAGUGAUGCCCAAGCGAAACCGCCAAAGGAGGAAGAAGAGGGACAAGAAGAUGAAGAAAGGGCCUUGUGCCAAAGAGACAGCAUGCCGUGGUACCCAGUGUGAACAGCCCAGCCUGGAGCUGGUGACAGAGCUGCAGGGGGAAGCUGGGGCUGAGCUUCUUCCCUGGAGCAAUGGAGGAGACCCUCAGACCCAGCUCCGCGAUGCCCUGUUCACCGCCUGCAAAACGGGGGAUGUGGGGACCCUGCGGCACCUCCUGGGUGUGCCAGAGAGCAGGGACCUGCCAGGCAACAGCAAGGAUGGGGAGGGUGCACAGCCCCUGGAUAUGCCUCGUGCACUGCUCAACCAGCCCGUGGAUGAGCGCGGCUGCACCCUGCUUCAUGUGGCAGCACGGGCAGGGAAGGCUGAGGCUGUGUGCCUGCUGCUGGCAGCAGGGGCGGACCCUGCCCUCAGAGAUGGGCAAGAGAGGACCCCUUACUGUGUGUCUGCUGACAAACUGACCCGCAACACCUUCCGCAAGUUCAUGGUGGACCAUCCAGACAAGUAUGACUACAGUCGUGCCAAGGUGCCAGGGCCCCUGACACAGGAGAUGGAGGCCAAGAAGCUGGAGAAGAAGCGGGCACAGAAAGCCCAGCGCAAGCAGCGGGAGCAGGCACAGCGGGAGGAGUGGCAGCGCUGGGAGCAGGAACAGGGAGAGAAGCAGCGGUUUGCAGCCCUGUCCGACAGAGAGAAGAGGGCACUGGCUGCCGAGCGGAGACUGGCUGCGCAGCUGCAGGACACCAGCACAACUCUUGCCAACAUCAGCCGCUGCUGGCAAUGUGGAGAAUCCCUGCUGGGCCGGAUUCCUUUCCAUUAUCUCGACUUCUCCUUCUGCUCCACGGCUUGCCUGCAAACCCACCGCCGAGCCCGGGCCAGCCACACGUAAGGCUGGGGACUGCUGCCACCUGCCAAGGACUGGUGUGGUGGAGAAACAGCUGAGGACUGGCUGUGCAGUGCGGGAGAGCCUGUGGAGCAGCACUGGUCAGAGGGACUGAGCUGGCCACGUCACAUUCCAGGGCAACCCUGGCAAAGCUCUGGGCAUGAAUGUUACUCUGGGUGGUGACUCGGAACAUGACAACUUGGAGGUCCCCACGUGCUAGUGUGAGGUGCCAAGACUGUUUAAUGGCCUGGCUGCAGCCAUGGGUCCUGUUGCCAGCUCUUCUCAUGGCUACCUUCUACACUGCUGCCCAUGGUGGUGGGACACGUCUGGACCCUGCAGCCCUGAGCCACCUGCAGCCACGCCUGUGGGCACCCUCUAGGCUGUGCUUCUUCCUCUUCUUUCCUGGAUAUCAUCAGCACCUCAGCCAUAUCAUGUUAGCAACUACCUCCUCUGCCUGCAUUGUCAAUAAAGAGGUGCCUUGACCCCCUAGGAAUGGGGGGAGUCAGCAUGAGCACUGGAACUAUU